CGUCGCAUUCCUGCCAUGGGGAGUGUUUUUAAUUUUUGACAUUUCAAGAAUCGACAAUUGAGCUCAACAAGUAGUCGCUUACUAGUCAUUAGACGGUGUAUUUGUCCUAAAUAUUUUCCUGCUCAUCACAUUUCCAGAGAAUGACCAACUUUGAAGGCACUUUUACUAACUUCAAGAAUGAAAAACUAGAUGAAUUUUAUAGUGCCAUCGGAAUACCAUGGGUGGCACGAAAAAUGAUGACGGCUUCUUCACCCACAAUUGAAAUCUCCAAGAAAGAUGAAAAAUGGACUGUCAAGACAAGUACAUUGAUGUCAAGUACCUCAAAUUCUUUUCAGCUUGGUGAAGAGUAUGAAGAGACAAUGAUGGGAGGCAGGUCUAUUAAGAAUACAACUGUAAUUGAAGACAAUAAGAUGAUUACCAGCUCCCAGAGUGACCGUGGUAAAUCUCAAAGGGUUAUGGAGUUUGAUGAUAAUGGCUUCAUUAUGACAAUGACACACGAGAAAACAGAAUUAGUCGCUGUUCGUCACUUCAAACGAGUAUAAAUUUCCCAUCGUAUAACACUUCUGAAAGAUCUGAAUAAAUUUUAUACUAACAA